AAUUGCAUUAAUGUGCAGGUGUACAUUUGUGCCUAGGGAAGUCCACGAUGAGAGUAUAUCCCAUAUGACUGAUUGAAUGUUUGUACACAAAUUAACACUUUUCAUUCUGAAAUCAAACAAAUAACAACUAUAAGUUAUGGUUAACUGUGCUAUUGCUGAUGAACGGUCAAACGCCCACCGCCCCUUAAUUCGCCAUGCGUGAGAGAGAGAGACAGAGAGAGAGAGAGAGAGAGAGAGAGAGAGAGAAUCGUGCUGAAGAUGUGUAGAAUAACAUUCUUCCAAUAGCACGAAAGAAGGCUAUUUUUUCGUUCAUGUCGCCAUAGUGAACCAGCAGCAGUGGCUUGCGCACCCCUGGAGCGGUUUAGUGGAUCUGUCCCUUUCAGAGCAGGAACACGGCAUGCGCGAACAAUCCGCAAUGACUUCCUCCAUCACAGACAAAGAAUAGGAAAUAUAACAUCUUUGGUGGCUCUUGCUUUCUUUUGUGCGCGUUAAGAUAUCAGCCAUAAAAGGAAACGGUGUGCUGCUUGGAGACUGUGCUGCGGGAAGGAAAUCCUUCAGUCUCCUACAAUCCGCACAGACAUCGAUUCGUCUGGAGGGCGUAAAGCGAAGGGUCUGGGAGGUGCUCUGUCAACCCCAAAACCUCAACUCAUGACUCACGUUAUUAGAAUCACUCGCUGCUUUCUACAGUCGAAGCAAGGAUCGUUUAACACAGUGAGUGAAUCGAUCAUUUAACCACUUGGGACAUCGACGGCAUUUUAAGGUCUAAAGCCAAUCGCUGAAUAUUUCAAAAAUGAACAUCUAAAACACCCAGGCAGGUUUUUUUCUUUUUAUUUCUGUAGUGAAACUGUUGAAAUGCGCAGCUUUUUAAUGACUUUCACAACUAUCAACUCUAAAUACGAGUGUAAUAUUUAUCCUAUAAGAAAAGCGCUGAGUGAUAUUCUUCAUUUUGCACAAAAGGCUAAAAAAAUUUUUUUGUGGAAAGGAUUUUAAUCGUCUGUCUUGCGACGAGCUUCAAGUCAUGACUGCACACACUCACAAUGAUUUACAUAUAUUUAACACAGAGAAUAGCGCCAUACGCAUAAAUGUAGGAGGCUUCAAGAGGAGACUACUGUCCAGUAUACUGUCUCGCUUCCCUGAGACGCGACUUGCCCGUUUGGUCCGAUGUCAAUCAAAAGAAUCUAUCCUGGAACUGUGCGAUGAUUACGAUGACACUGAAAGGGAGUUCUAUUUUGAUCGAAAUCCUUCACUUUUCCCCUAUGUUUUGAAUUUCUACAACACAGGCCGCUUGCAUGUUAUGGAAGAACUGUGUAUUUUCUCGUUUAGCCAGGAAAUUGAAUACUGGGGGAUCAAUGACUUUUUCAUUGACUCCUGUUGCAGCAACACCUACCACUGCAGAAAAAUGGAGCCAUACCAGGAGGACUGGGAGGAUAAAAGUGAUGACGGAAGCACUGCUUCUUCUUUCGAUGAGAUUUUAGUAUUUUACAGUGAUGCCACCAAGUUUGACAAGCAACCACUUGGAAGAGUCAGGAGGAAGAUUUGGCUGAUGUUGGACAAUCCUGGCUACUCUCUGUUCAGCCGGGUCAUUAGUGUCUUCUCUAUUCUGGUGGUGUUGGGCUCAAUAGCCACCAUGUGUAUGAACAGCAUGAGUGACUUUGCCACAUUGAACAGUGAAGGCCUGCCUCAGGAAGACCCCCGGUUUGAGACAGUGGAGCAUUUUGGAAUAGGCUGGUUCACGUUAGAAUUGGUUGUCAGGUUUGUUGUUGCACCAGACCUACUCCAUUUCUUUGAGCACCCAUUAAAUAUGAUUGACUUAGUGUCUAUUCUACCAUUUUAUCUCACACUGCUGCUCGAUCUGGUGGCUGAGAGGCGCCCCACACUGGAGAACCUGGGACGUAUUGCACAGGUCCUGAGGCUGAUGCGGAUCUUCAGAAUCCUAAAGCUGGCACGUCAUUCCACUGGUCUGAGAUCACUUGGAGCAACACUGAAAAACAGCUACAGGGAGGUGGGUCUGCUACUGCUCUAUUUAGCAGUGGGGGUGUCAUUCUUCUCAGUGAUGGCCUAUACCGUUGAAAAGGAGGAAAAUGAUGGACUGACUACUAUUCCAGCCUGCUGGUGGUGGGCAACAGUCAGCAUGACCACAGUGGGCUAUGGUGAUGUCGUGCCAGGGUCUAUUGCAGGAAAACUCACUGCUUCAGCUUGCAUCCUUGCUGGCAUCUUGGUGGUGGUACUGCCCAUUACACUCAUUUUUAACAAGUUUUCUUUGUUUUAUAAGAGGCAGAAACAGUUGGAGAUCGCCAUGAGGAGCUGUGAUUUCAGUGGGGACAUUAAGGAAGUCCCUUCAGUGAACUUGAGGAACUAUUAUGCACAUAAAGUAAAGUCUCUAAUGGCAAGUUUGUCCAACAUGAGUCGCAGUUUUCCCAGUGAUCACAGCUUGAAUGGGUCACUGCAGUAGCUCAGGAGGAUUGACAGCGCACUCAUGUCUAUGGCUCCAUCAGAAUACAUAUUUAAAUGCAAUGUAUCUUGUAGUAUGGUUCUAUCUUACCAGCAAAACCCACUUACCUGAUGUUGCCUGUAUUUAUUGAGUUCAAAUGUGUAUAGUGACUGAGGAUUCUCUGCCUUAGAAUUAUGAUGUUUAAUGUGUGUUUAAUAAUCAAUAACAUGUCAUGAUAACAGGCAGUAUGCACUUGCUAAAUGGAGUACUGACACAAUGAUUAAUAGAAAUAAUUUGUGUGUGUAUGUCUGUUGGAGUUUUGUACUUGAAAACUGUAAAGUAAAGUUUAAUCAGUGUUGACUUCACAUCAUCAGUACAUAUUUUAAUGUUUACUAAAAUUAUCAAUAUGCUGUUGCAAAAUAUGCUGGAGUAUAGUCCUUUUGCAAGUGUUUGUUAUGACUGUUCAACCUUGGAAGUGCUUUUGAUGUAGGACUAAAUAUAAAAUUAUAUUAUCAUAAUACACUGCUCUCCUAUGACAAAGGGUUUAAAAAGGGUCAGUCGAAGGUUCAAUGUGUUUCAAGCUUAUGACUUAUGACUAAAUAUCUGACUCCCUGUUAAUAGGUUAACUUAAUGUUCCAAACAAUAAGUAUUUAGAUAGUACUCUAAGUAUAAUGUCAGUGUUCAAUUAUGCAUUUAAUUUAAACAGCUUUAUAUGUUUUAGAAGUUUUUACUCGAAUGUGACAUUACCAUGUCUGAGAGAUAUAUAAAUGUAUUAGGUAACUGUCCUAUUAGCUCAGAGGUUUGACUUGCUUGCAAAGGCCUUUCCUUGGCAGAGUUCUGUAUUAAAUGUGUCUGUCAUAAAAUUUCAUUAUUAUUUCUGAACAUUUGUGUAACAUACUACCUUUCAGUAAUUGCUGAGUAUUUUAAAAAAUAACACUGUUACAAAGGUUUAUUAGGUUAAAGCAGAAGAACAUAAGGAAAAAUAUAAUAAAAGAAGUAACAGGUUAAAUGUUAAAACUUACAAAACCAAUUAAAUGAAUGGCCACGUCUGCCAACACAAGAUGUCUGCCAACACAAGAUGUCUGCCAAUACAAGACGGCACAAGAUGUUAAUUGCAUUGGAGAGAUAAAGAUCAACAACAACAUUCUAAGAUUCUCACUUGAGAACAGUGUCUCUCUCUCCCAAGAUCUUUUCUAUCAAAGUCUAACUCUUAUUAUUAUUAGUUAUAUUCCAUGCACCUCUUUCAAGGGUAUAAUGGCCAGUAUAACAAGUGGGAGAGACAUAAUCUACACACCCAAAAGUCUUAUAUGCUAAUUUCUUGUCUGAGAAUGAGUUGAAAUAUUGGCAAACUGUGUGGACCAGGAGGCUCCAGUGUGUGUGUGUGUGUGUGUGUGUGUGUGUGUGUGUGUAAAGUAUUAGGACACAUUGCAAAAUAUAAAACUACAUACUCUAAACGAUAGGACUGAUAGAAAACAUGCCCUGAGGAGUACUUUGGUUAAAUAGUGUGUAAGUGACCAGAUUUAUACCAUGUGGUCUUUCUCACCCACAUUUCUCAUUAUUUUAAUCUGUCCAGUCCAGGACUAUUUUACUGCUACAAUUUAUAAAUCUUCUACUACAUUUCAUAAGUAAAGAAAAGAAAAUCAUGUUCUUCAGCUUGCUGCUCUUCUGUACCUCACUGAUGCUGACAGUGAGAUAUGAUUGGUCUAGGGCUGUAUCAGGUACACUAGCAUAGCUUUAGGUCUGUGACAUAUAUACACCACAGCUAAAGCAUUAAAACUAUAUGCCUAAUAUCAUGUAGCCACCACAUCAACUCUGACCCAUUGAGACAUGGACUGUACAAGACCUCUGAAGGUGUGCUGUGGUAUCUGACACUGACACAUUAUCAGCAGAUCCUUUAAGUCCUGUAAGUUGUGAGGUAGGGCCUCCACGGAUCAGACUUGUUUGUCCAACACGUCCUACAGAUGCUAGAUUGGGUUAAACUUUUUACAGAGUGCUGCUAUAAAUACCAUUGACAGUGUCGACAGAUAGCUGUGUGUGUAGUAAACUUUAAACUGGCAAUUUACCAAUGUCAGUGGUGUUAAACUCAUUUUAGGUAAUGAUCCUAAUGUUUUUUUAAUGUAGUCCAGUGUCAAAUGGGCUGGGCCAAAAAAUCAGUUUACUAGAACAGCAACAAAUCAAUUCAGACUAAUGUUGUUGUGCUCAUAGAAAAGGAUAAAUUAUUCCCGCCACCAAAAUAAAUAAAUAAAUAAAUAAAAUAAAAAAUAAAACAAUUGUGAUUGCACUAGUACUGAACCCUGUUGUUUUCUUCAUUUCAUCCCAACUUCAUUUCGAAAGAGAUGUGGAUACAACAACACAUUUUUAGCUAAUUAAAUUACAUUAUUACCAGCACAUUUUGCCAGUAAAGUUUAUGGCCCUGAGAUUAUUGAUGUA